AUGACCAUCUCUACAAACCCUUCUGCUCCCUUGGUGGCUGUUGUCGGUGGGACAGGCAACCAAGCCGCCGCACAGAAAUUGGCCGCAAGGGGCGUUGUCAUGUACGCAGUGGACCUCACAGUCCAGAACAAGGACGCCGUGAUGCAAGCGUUUGUUGGCGCCGAUCUCGCCUUUCUGGUGACAAACUUCUGGGAGCAUGUCGACCCCGAAAGAGAGAUCGCGGAGGGUAAACUGAUGAUCGACGCUGUUAAAGCUGCUGCAGUCAAACGAGUCACGAAGGCCGAGAUCUCCAUAUACGGCCGCGAAUCCGGGGUUCCAAUCGUCGACGUUCAGGCCGGAUACUACUCUUCGAACCUCUUCAAUCCCAUUUUUGGUCCACAGAAACAAGAAGAUGGAUCCUUUGCACUGGAAUGGCCUUUUAGUCGGGCGACUCAGCUGCCAAUGAUCGACACGGCGACCGACUAUGGGCUGUGGGUGUUGAAAGUCUUCGAGCAGCCGGAAUUCCCCGUUGGAUCUACGCUGCAUACCGCGGCUGAGAUGAUAUCCUUUGAAGACAUCACGUUUCAACUUGCUGAAGCAACAGGCAAGAAGAUCUUCGCCCGCCAGCUCCCUGUUCCGCAAUUUGUUGCUCGGUGCACAGCUGCGGCCAUGCCGCCCCACAUCGUGCGGGACAUGCAAGAUACUGCGGGAGCAGUUGGAGAAUUCGGAUGUCAGUCCUCACAUCACUAGUCUCCUGUCGUCUGAUCCCAAGGACCAUCAUAGACUAUCCCCCCGGUGCUCCGAUCGCAAACUCCGAGGGUUUACUGCGUGCACCUCGCAAAUGGGCUGAAAUUGCUCGGACCACUGACUGGAGCUCCGUCCUUGCUUGAUUGU